UAUAAACUUGGGUGCAGCAUUUUUUGCCAACCAGUCAACAUCAAUUCGUUUGUACGCUUUGUUGCAAAGCACCUCCUCAUCAUUUUUAAGUUGCUAGAUUGUUUGAGUGAUUUCAAAUUAAGUUGGAAGUGUGAUUUGGCGGUGAAAAUCAAAUUGAUUAAAUUAUUUUGAAAACGAAAAGAAUGUCGGUGCUUCGCACGUUGACACUUCUUACAAUCGGCGCCACGAUUGCAUUGGCACAACGAAGAUUAGCAUUACCCGAUCCAAGAAGUUGUGCAAAUCGUGUUCGUCAUUCCACAUAUCGAGAUGCUCGCGGUGUAGCUCAUUCGUACUUUUUCAGUUGGGAACAUGGACCAACGCGUAAUUUGGAAGUUGAUUGGCUUGACGCUAGGAAUAUUUGCCGUCGUCAUUGUAUGGAUGCGGUUUCAUUAGAAACACCACAAGAAAAUGAAUUCAUCAAACAAAGACUAGCACGCGGCAAUGUUCGUUAUAUAUGGACGAGUGGACGCAAAUGUAAUUUCGGUGGAUGUGAUCGAUCUGACUUACAACCUCCAAAUGAAAAUGGAUGGUUUUGGUCUGGGUCGGGCGCAAAAAUCGGACCAACAUCUCAACGUAAUACUGGUGAUUGGAGUUAUACAGGAGGUUAUGGUCAAGCCCAACCAGACAAUCGCGAAGCUGCACAAGGUAUAAUUUUGUUAAAUAUCUGUAUAUAGGUGCUAUUUCUGUCA